CUAAAAGGCCCCCUUUCAAUAAAACACGGAAGGCUGCUUAUAAUUUAUAAAUUUGGAAACCAAAUCCAUACCUCCAUUUUCCGUACAGAUUUUCUCUACCUCGUGUUUAUCCAAUCUCUGUAAUAACUAUAUAAAUCUAUCCAUUCCUCUGUUAAUUUGUCCGUUCCAGCUGUUAUCUGUCCAAAUUCCCAGCAAAGAUUUAUCAAUUUCAUUAAUCUUACUGAAAUUUCCAUAAACAGAAUCGAUUUGUAGAAAGUUUCAGAAUUUCGGAGUAGAUUUUUUAUGGCUGCUAGUGCGAAUCCUUCAGCGGGUCAUAGCAACGGUAAUAAUGAUAAUAAUAGCCACAGUAAUGGCGGCGGGCAGGAGAAUGCCAAUGGUGGCGCUACAAGUAGCAACGGCGGGCAGGAGAAUUCCAUGGCGAGAUCUACCCAGGCUGCCCUCCGCCACAACCCCGGCUUGUCGGUUAACUGGUCCACGGAGGAACAGUCUACCCUUGAAAAUUUACUCACAAAAUAUGCCUCAGAUACCACCAUUGUUCGGUAUGCUAAAAUUGCUCAGGCGUUAAAAGAUAAGACAGUUCGAGAUGUGGCAUUACGUUGUAGAUGGAUGACUAAAAAGGAAAAUGGCAAGCGAAGGAAAGAUGAUCACAAUUCAUCAAAGAAAAGUAAAGAUAAAAAGGAAAAAGCUACAGAUUCUUUGCCAAAAUCAUCACAAGUUGCAAACCGCUCCAAUGCCCCUCCAUAUGCUCAAUCAGCAAUGUCGAUGGACAGUGAUGACGGAAUCUCGUAUAAAGCUAUUGGUGGAGCGACUGGACAGCUUCUCGAGCAAAGUGCUCAGGCCCUGGAUCAAAUUUCUGCAAAUUUUUCUGCUUUCAAGAUAAAUGAGAACAUCAAUCUCUUCUGUCAAGCUCGAAACAAUAUCUUGACAAUCUUAAACGACUUAAAUGACAUGCCGGAAUUAAUGAAGCAGAUGCCGCCACUACCUGUCAAGCUGAAUGAAGAUCUUGCCAACUCCAUCCUUCCAAGAACAUCAUUGCCAAAGAAAUCUUGAGGGCAUCUUUUGCAAGCUUGCUGAAUGAUGCUUCUGAUUGUGAUGUUUUUAAUAAAUUGUCAGCUACAAUCCAGCUGAAACUUUUUACCCUGUGGCUCUGUUUUUUUACUUGAUAUGUUUGUCCUUCUUUGGGCUGUUGUAUUUUGCUUUAGAAGAUGGUUUGUGUAGCAUGUUAAUAACCAACAGUAUAGGACUGCUUGUUUAUUCUGUAAAUAAUCGUAGGGAAAGAGUUUUAAAGGCUUGUUAUUUAAUAGAAAGGUAUGUGCUGUGGAGCAUAAAAUUUUUAGGAAA